CAAGUAUCUGAUAAAUCCAUGUUGGGUGCUCUUAGGGCCGCAAGGAGACGAAUCCAGAAAAGGCAAGUAGAAAGGCGACAAGGACGCUUCCACAGUCUGGCCCAUAUGCGGAUCACGAUAUGCUUCCCACCCCUGAGCUGAUAUAUGGUCCAUUAUGGUGUGCCAGGGCUUGGAGUGAAAAUUGGUUGUCCACCAAUUGGUGGUGCUCGAUUGGACAGAAUGUAACGUCGUGGCCUUUAUCGCCGGGGAUUAGAAUGGGGCUGCUGUUGUUGCUACUACAGUACUAGGUAUGUAUUUGCUACCAUGUGCCCGGGGAUCUUUGAUGAAACUCGCAUCUGGACCCACCAGACGUGCUGUCUCGAAUGGAUUGGAUUCUGGGCAUCCUUUGCGUUAUCACCCUCCGUUGCAUCUGCUUUUUUCUUUCUUAUCAGGAGGCACUUGACUGCGGCAUUAUCUCCCUACUACUCCGUACAAGGAAGAUGUUAAACAAGCCAGAUGGAAAGGUCAGGUUUACGGAGUAUGCAACCAAAAGAAUGGUUCUAGAAGGCAGCAGACGCUUUGGAUACCAAUUCUAGCCGCUUUCUGGAUCUUGUCGAAGCUCAAUUGCUGGUUUCCGUUUCAGUGGCCUUAUGUUGGAAAGUAACAAACCUGUCCUGAUGAUAGCCUCGGGCGAGCGAGCUAAGCUCUCAAGCUUUUGAUCGAGCAGCAGCCGGAUCGGUGUCAGGACAUGUCAAAAAGGCACGGCAUCGGGGACAAUUGUUGCGUGCGCACGAACUAUACCCACCUUCUGUCACAAUAUUUGGUACCUUUCGUACAAAACAAUGAAAUCAGUCAAAUCGCCGGGGAUAAGGUCUUCUCGGCAACAUCUCGAACCACUGUCACUUUAGCAGCGGCCCGCCGGCGAGUUAAACAAGACCACUGGCGCUUGGCUUGCGGCCGCCGACUCCGCU